AUGAACAGUGAAAGAGACCGAGACCUGCAGCUUGUCAGAGAUUACAAGCCUCACAAAGAUGUCCAGCAUCUCAGAAUUAUGCUUCAUGGACCACCAGGUGCUGGAAAGUCCAGCUUCAUCAACUCUGUUGACAGUACUUUAAGAGGCAAAAUCGCAACUCGAGCUUUGGCAGACGCAACCUCUGGUGACAGUUUCACCAUUGCAUACAGGACAUAUGAAAUUCAGAGAGAAAAGCCAGAAACAUUUUACUCUUUUGUCUUCACUGACACCAUGGGCCUUGAGAGGGGUGCUGAGGGAGGAAUUCAUGUGGAAGACAUCAAACUUGCCAUGAAUGGACAUGUAAAAGAAGGUUACAAGUCCAAUCCCAAAUGUCACUUGUUUGAAACGGAUCCUAACUACAGAAGCUCCUCCACUUUAGAUGACAAAGCCCACAUUCUGGUUUUAGUCAUUCCAGCUGACACAGUGAGCAUAAUCAGUGAUGAAACUCGGAGGAAGAUGAACAAUGUCAGACUAGCAGCUCAUGACAAAGGGAUCCCACAAAUAGCUGUUAUCACUAAAAUUGAUGAAGCCUGUCCAGAAGUCAAAAAAGACAUAAAGAACGUCUACAGGAGCAAGUACUUGAAUGAGCUGAUGGAAACAGCGAGCAUGAACCUGGGUUUUCCACUGAACUGCAUCUUCCUCGUGAAGAACUACCACAAAGAAAUCGAGACAGAUAACAAUGUGGAUUCAUUGAUACUGAGUGUACUGAAAAAGAUCAUUGACUAUGGAGAGGACUACCUGAAUGACCAGAAUGAUCCUGACGUAUAA